UGACAAUAGUGGCUCUCAAAUGGAUAAGAUUUGUGAACCAUUCAAUUUUGAUUGGAGCUUAUUACACAUAUAGUUCACUUUUUUAAGUAACAAACUGAAUUAUCAUAUGACUUAACUUAUGGUUACUGAUAAUUAGCUCAAAUUGUGUUAAUGGGGAUUAAUUGAUUAGAAUUGUCAAAUAUGAGGGAGGUUGAUAUAAUCGGCCCUGCUUUACUUUUAUUUUUUUUCGUUCAAACCUGCUUUACUUUGUUCGCUAGUAAGAAAGAGAGAAAAGAAAGGGUUUAAGUCACUGAAACCCUGAAAAGGAAAGAUGGAAUCUUUGAAGAAACUAUUUGAAGCCACAAGACUUGGCGAAGAAAAAAGAGAAGGUUUACAGACGGUGAUGGAUUUGGUAAUGCUUGAAUGGCAAGAUGCUGAAGGCCAUCUUAAACUGGUGUUGGAUAUUUUCCGUGAAUGUCUCACUGAACUUGAGUCAAAAGAGAAAGCUUUGAGGGUUGUUGAGGAAUCUAUGAAACAGAGCUUUGAACGAGAAUUUGAUUCCAGGAGAAGGUGGAUUGAGGCGGGUUUGAAAAGUUUGGAUCAAAAAGGGCUGUCUCUGCAAGGGUUUUUGCGGAAAAUCGAAAUGGAGAAACGGAAAUUAGGAGAGAUGGGGGAGUUUGUGGGCAAACAGAUGAAGGAUCUUCUUCUGAUGGAAGGGGAAAUUCAGGGUACCUUGAAAGUGAAACAGAGUCUCGUGGAGAAAAGGAUGUUCCAGCUUGAUUGGAUGGAGACAGCUCUGAGGUUAAGAGAAGACAACACUUUUUCAAAGCAGAUAAACCUGAACGCAAUAGAACAAAUUCUGGAGAAAAGGCGAAAUGAAAUUGAUUUGGAGGAGGAAAGAUUGAAGAGAAGGUCAAGUGGACUUGAUUCCAAAGAGAGAAUUUUGGAGGACAAGGAAAAUGAAUUGCAUUUGGAAGCUGAAAGAUUGAGCCGGAGGGAAAAGGAAAUGAAGUUGAGAGAUGAAAAGCUGCUGUUGAAUCUCUCAAAACAACUUGAAGCCAAGGCAGGGUUGUUGGAGACCUUAAAGCUUGAACUUUUUUCAAUGGAGAAUUUCUUCCAACAAUACACUCGAGAAGCAGACUGUUUUGAUUCCAAGGAAAGAAUCUUUGGGGAGAGGGAAAAUGAACUGCAUUUGGAAGCUGAAAGAUUGAGCAGCAGGGAACAGAUUAUCAAGUUGAGAGAUGAGAAGCUGCUGUUGAAUCUUUCAAAACAAAUGGAAUCCAAGGCACGGUUGUUGGAAGCCUUAAAGCUUGAGCUUUUCUCAAUGAAGAAUUUCUUCCAACAGUCCACUCGAGAAGCAGAUGCAGUGAGACCAACUAAAUCUACAGAAUUCAGGAAGGCCGGAAGAAAAAGAGAGAUCCCUGAUGGCGAACUGAGAAACAUGGAAGAAAAUCAGACCAAGAAGCAAGCUAAAGGAAGCAGUUGCAUUCGCCAUGAACAAACAGGACAAGUUAAAGAUCAAGAUCUUAAAAGAUCAGAUAUUCAAACAACCCAAUCAAAGAACAUCAACAAUAUCAACUCAGCACCAGCACCAGCACCAGCACCAGCACAUUCAACUACAACUUCAAGUAGAUACGAGUAUCAAAAGCGGAUAGCUUGGAACAAUUUUGGGCAAUACUUGAAAGAUCACAGGCCUCCACUUACACUUUCACAAUGCAGCGGAGCUCAUGUUGUGGAAUUCCUCCAGCAUUUAGAUCAGCUUAAAGCUGGUUAUGCAGAAAAUGGUGGAAGGCCUGAAGCUAACCCUUUUAAUGCUCCUGCUGUUGUGGUUUAUCUGCGAGAAGUUCGUGAUUUGCAGUCAAAAGCAAGAGGAAUCAGCUAUGAAAAGAAAAGGCAAAAGCGUCUUCCCCCGGCCUCGGCUUCACCAGCAUCAUUAGGUUUUGCUGAUCUGUUGCUUCAAAAAGUGCAAAAACUAAGAAAAUUGAACUGUGUUCAUGACUCUGAUACUACUACUCCCUCCAUCCCAAAUGAAGGUCCAACUUUUGUAAUUUGGGAUGGUUGGGGUAACCCAUUUUAUGUCCUUGAAUUUCAAAAGGAAGAACUAUUUUAUUGCUCUGGUAUACAGAGCAGUAACAAUUUCUUCAUGAGUCACUGCCACCAGCUAGUACUAAAGAUGGAAUCUUUGGAGAAAAUUUCUGAAGCCACAAGGGUUGGUGAAGAGAAAAGAGAGGGUAUACAAAGCGCAAUGAGCUUGGUUAUGCUUGAAUGGCAGGAUGUGGAAGGCCAUCUUAAACUGGCACAGGAUGUUUUCAUUGAAUGUCUUGGAGAACUUGAUUCAAAAGAGAAAGCUUUGAGGGUUGUUGAGGAAUCUGUGAAACAGAGUUGUGAACGAGAGUUUGAUUCCAGGAGAAGCUUGAUUGAGGCAGGGUUGAAAAGGUUGGAUGAAAAAGAGAUGUGUCUGAAAGGGAUUUUGCAGAAAAUAGAAACGGAGAGGAUGCAAAUCGAGAAAUUGGGGGAGUCUGUUGGUAAACAGAUGAAGGAUGUUCUUCUGAAAGAGAGGGAAAUUCAGGGUUCCCUGAAACUGAAACAGAGUCAAGUGGAGAAGAGGCAAAUUGUGCUUGAUUUUUUGGAGACAGAUUUGAAGAGGAGAGAAGAGGAGACUAUUGCAAAGGAGAAAAACCUAAACGCAACAGAAGGAAUUCUGGGGAGAAGGGGAAAUGAAAUCGAUUCUGGGGAAGAAAACUUGAAUAGAAGGUCAAAUGAGCUUGAUGCCAAAGAGAAAACCUUGGUGGGAAGAGAAAAAGAGUUGACAACCAUAGAGAUAAACCUGGCAAGAAGAGAAAAUGAGGUUCUUUCCAAACAGAAACUGUUUGAUAAAAGGGAAAAGGCACUAACCAGGAAAGCUGAAAGAUUGAGCAGUUGGGAGAAUGAAAUCAAGUUGAGAAAUGAAAAGCUGCUGUCAGAUCUUUCGGAACAACUUAGAAGAGAAAAAGAGCUGGAGGCCAAACAGACUGUUCUGGCGAGAGGAAAAAAAGAAGCUGUUCCCAAACAGAAAAUGUUGGAGGUGAGGGAACGUUCACUGAAUUCUGAAGUUGAUAGAUUGAGCAGGAUGGAAAGUUUACUGAAUCGGGAAGCGGGAAGAUUGAGCAGUAGGGAAAAUGAAAUCAAUCUGAGGGAUGAAAAGCUGCAGCUGAAUCUUUCAAAAAUGAUUAAUAGAGAAGAAGAAGUGGAGACCAAAGAGACUGUUCUAGCCGGAAGAGAGAAUGAUGUUGUUUCCUUAAAGAAAGUGUUGAAAGAAAAGGAGAAUGUGUUAAAUUUGGAAGCUGAAAGACUGAAAUUUUUCCAGCAGACCAAUCGAUUGACAGAUGCAAUGAGGCCAACUAAACCUGUAGAAGUAAGGAGGGCUGGAAGCAAAAGAAAUUGUCCUGAUGGACAAGAGAGAAAUAUGGAAGAAAAUCACAGCAAGUAUGCUAAAGGAAGCAUAUGCACUUGUGAUCAACCAAUGGCACAAUUCGGAGCUCAAUAUCUUCGGAAAUCAGGUACACGAAAUGAGCUACAGCCACAUAUGCCUGGCGGUAUUAUAGUUCUUGAUGAUGCUGAACUUUAUUUAAAUUCGAACGGUGUAUUCCCUAACAGCAAUCCAGGUUUCACUGGUGCUGCUGAGGAGGAAAAUCCAUCCAGAAACAUCAACAAUGUCGGAGAAGCUUUGGUGCUGUUUCGAUGA